AUGGACGGGCUCCCGCCGCAGGAGGGGAAUGUGGACGGUGCAACCAGGCGGGGCGUCCUGAGGACCAGGCUGCUGCUGGCGGCGUCCCUGGCUCAGUGGCUGGGGCUGCUCCUGUGUCUCGUCUACGUCUGCCUGCAGCUCUCUGCCUCCCAGGGACCACCUCAGAGCCCUUCGGACCAGAGUAUACGAGUGCUGUUCACCCGGUGUGAGGACGAGAAGGGCUUCAUCAUCACCCAGCCGGACAGCAGCACCAUGCAGCUGCGAGACAACUCCAUCGUCAUCAACUGCGACGGCUACUACCUCAUCUCCCUCAAGGGCUACUUCUCACAGGCGCUCAGUCUCUCGCUCCACUACCGGCCCGGCCAGCAGCCCCUCCUCUCGCUGAGCCACGUCCCCUCGGUCAACUCCAUCACGGUGGCCUCGCUGGCCUUCAAGGACAAAGUCUACCUGAACGUGACCACUCACAGCACCUCCUGCGAAGACAUCCAGGUGAACGGUGGCGAGCUGAUCCUCAUUCACCAGAGCCCCGGCAAGUACUGCGCCAUCUGA